ACCGCCCCCUCACACCUUCCUUGUAUCUGCCCUUCGUUUCACCACAGCCAUGGGUGUCAAUGUCGAUGUCAUUACUCCCGGCGACGGCAAGACCUUCCCCAAGGUUGGCGACAGGGUCUCAAUACACUACGUCGGCACGCUUCUGGACGGCACGAAGUUCGACUCCAGUCGGGAUAGGGGUAGCCCCUUCCAAACCGAGAUCGGUGUUGGCAAGGUUAUCAGAGGCUGGGACGAGGGUGUCCUCAAGCUGUCUGUUGGCACGAAGGCCAUCUUGACGGCGACACCCGAUUUCGCGUAUGGCCAGCGGGGCUUCCCACCAAUCAUCCCGCCGAACUCGACGCUCAAGUUUGAGGUCGAGCUUCUGGGCAUCCUCUAACGUGGACGAGCCCCUCGUCUGCGUCGCCGCCGGCGCCGACUCUGCAUAUCACCAUUGUUGACGGGUCAUUCGGUUUCGUUGUAGCAUCAUGUAGUACCACUCGCAUUACUUGUCCGUGUAUAGUAUCCUCUACAUUCAACCUUCACGCACGCUUUCCAGAGACUGUCCGCACGCUCGGGGCUCUUUCGACUAAAUCACGAAUCGAUUUAGUAGAGAUAGGACGGCGCACAUAUGACAUCCAUCGAUCGUUUCGCCAGGGGGCGCCUGUCCC